ACGGCGAUAAAGGCGCGGGCCCACCGCGGCGCAUGCUGUGCACGGGCACGCGGCGCAUUUUAGCUGCGUGUAUUAAUUUGUUUGACAACGUGGGUCUACGUUUCCACUGGAGUACAUGAAUAUGACCCACGACUAUGCACGGCGCACGGAGAGGCUACGCACGUGCCACUGCAAUCCACGGACACGGGCGUCACUGCGGGAGGUGUGGGGAGGUGGGACGGGCGGGAAAGCGAGCGACGCCUGCGCCAUUUUGUCAAUUGCUAGGUUUCGUGGCGCGUGCGUGCAUUUGAUGACCACGACAGGCGGCUUUAUUUUUAUUUAGUCAAUAAUAUUUGGUUUAAUUAUGGAGUUGUUUAUUGAAAAAGUAAAGCUACACCCCUGUUUAUGGAAAACGAGCGAUAUAUCGUACAGAGACAUCGGUAAAAAGGAUUUGGCUUGGGACAAGAUUGCGAGGGAAUGCGAAAUGGCGAACGGAAGUUCAGUGAUGAAAAGGUGGACACAAUUGAGAGACACUUGGAGGAAAUCAUUAGAUGAAAACAAAGAAACAAAAAAAUCUGGGUCUGGUACAAAAUCUAAGCCCUACAAAUAUAAUCAAGAGAUGAGCUUUUUGAAGCCAAUUAUUAAGCCAGGUGAAACAUAUGACAAUAAUCCAAAUACAAGAGAUGAAGCCCAAAGAGAAAAUGCAGAUCAACAAGAAAAUCAGAAAGAGAAACACUUAGAAUCAUCAUCAAAAAAGAAAAGAAUGGAUAGUGGCAGCGUAUUGGAUGAUAAAAUGAUGAAACUUGUUGAUCAUCAAUUAAACACAAUUGGAAGUGAUGACCGUAACAUGAAUUUUUUUAAGGGGGUUCUGCCAUCCCUUCGGCAUUUUGAUGAUGAUCAAAUACUGGAAUUCCAAUCUGGGGUCAUUAACCUAAUACAGAGUAUUAAAACUGGACGAAACUAUUCGAAUUGGCAUCAAAAUUAUUACAAUUCACAUCAUCACAACUAUAAUAGUGGUGGUUAUUAUACUAAGCCUCAAGAAUCACCGGGAGGAACCUCUAAUAAUAAUAAUACUCGGCCUCUUCCUGAAAGUUCAUCGAUAGUAAAUGCAGAAGUGUCUGCAGAAACGCCCACCCCUCUACAACCUGGAACAUCGCUGAUCCAUCCCGAUGAUCCAAGUGCAUCACCGGCACUAUCUACAGCUCUAAGUCAAUUAAGUGAUUAUCUGGAUCUAUCAAAUUUCUAAAAACAUGUUCUAAAUUAUCAUAAAUAUAACCAAUAAAUAAGAAUAAUAAAUAA